GGACCGGCCAGAUAUAGUCUAAACACAGUCUGUACCUCCUGUUGAUGAUUGUUAUACGAAAUUUCCACUGGUUCAUGGCCCUAGUGCCCCAGCAUAAUACUGUGAGGAAGUUGUGAGAUCCAGUAAGGAGUUUAAUCUUUAAGAAGAAUUACCAUGUCAGCUGACAUGGACAGGCCACCUUAUCUUACUCAGAGGCCCACUUUGCAAGAAAUGGAUUUCAAUUGUCCUGUAUGUUUUGAAAUGUUGAUAGAUCCAACAACAUUAAACUGUGGACACAACUUAUGCAGACACUGCCUGGCACAGUGGUAUCUGGCGGGUCAGAGGCAAUCCUGUCCAGUCUGUCAACAGGCUUGGGUUGGACACCCUAAAGUGAACAUUAACUUGAGAUCAUUACUAAAGCAAUUCAUGAGUGAAAAAUAUACAGAAAGAUGGAAUGAACUACAAAAAGAUUCAAAUUUAGCACUGGCAGUAGCAGAAUUUGACAGAAAGAUGACCCAGCAGCAGCAGCUCUCUUUAGGAACACAAAGAGUUUUUCAGCACAAUUUUCAAGCAAGAAACCUGGCUAACCAGUUGUUUGGUGGGGCUUUGGCUGGUGGCUUUUGUUCUGGACUGUGUAUAUCUCUGACAGUUGCAGUGUUUGCCUGGUUGACUUUAAGCUGGUUUAAUGGAGAUGGCAGUACUUUGUUGGUGAACAAACCAGUGCAGAAGUGGUCUGUGGAAGAGGUCGCUGACUGGAUUGGGGAACAUGGUGAAUGGGCAAAACAGAUGUAUGCUGGGAAAUUCAAGGAACAUCAAAUAGAUGGUCAUCUGCUGAGCAGCUUACAAGAAGAAGAUUUAGGGUUAAUAGUUGGUACAUCUAUUCCACCAGUUCACAAAAGAGUAUUACUGGGGGCAAUACAAGUAGCUCAGCAUCUUGGUGUGAAACCACCUAAAAACUUGUGGGAAUUCAAGGCAGUUUAUCCUGGCAAGACCAUUUUCUUUGUGUAUGGCAUUAGGAAUCAUCCAAGGCUAAUGUUCCUCUAUCUUUACUGGUAUGACUACCAAGACUCUUUCCUUCCAUUUAUACAUAAAGUUGCUCCUGUGGCUAAUGUCUCAGAUGAAAUGCUGAUGGCUAAUAGGGCUCCUCCUCCUACAUUAGGACAGUGGUGUAGAUUUUUACCUCAGCUGAUUCUUUGUCCUUACUGGUUAAUAGCUGUAUUUACCUGGGACUGGAUGAGUGUGCACUGGUGGACUUCAAACCUUGUCCUUAUCAGCUGCAUCAGCUGCACAGUGCAGGAAGCCUUAGCUGUAAAAAAAUUCUGGUCAGAGCCAAAGUUAAGUAUCCAGUUCAUCCUUGGCCAAGUCAUUGGAAUGUUGGUGCCCUACUUCUUGUGGCCUCUGAUACCAGGUUUUAUAAUAAACAUUUGGUUCUACAUGACAGUUUAUGUGGACCCAGUUCUUACUCUUGACUUGUGCAGACAACGGGCUAUGGGUGCUCAGUAACUUUCUUGGACAUACCUGCUUGUGUUGAAGCUGGAACUCAGGAGUUUGACUUUUCUAUAAUGUUUUGGAGGCUAUUUGGAGUUGCAGGUGUAGUGCUAUUAAAUAUGCAAUGAAUUGGCUUUUGAAUAAAGUACCUGAUAUUAUUAAGUUAUUUAUUAACAUAUUUUGACAUAUGAAUUUAUUUUUAACUACCAAAGAAUAAUUAUUUUCAUUUGUAAUAUUUCCUUGGCAUAUCAGAGGGUGUUUUUCUCUCAUGUUCAUAUAAACAAUUACAGGUGAAGGUCCAGGUUUUUGAUUUCUACUAAAUUUCAAUAAAAGACUAUAAUCAUACAUACUGAAGAAUUGAGUAAAUGGAAACUGAAGUUAUAUUUAUGUGUAUGUACAGCUUGGGGUUGGUUUGUCAUUUAAAUUGGACUAAAAUUUAGUCAUAUUUAGAUGCCAUGUUAGUGUAAUAAUUUUACAAAUCCCAGAAAGUUAAGGUUGUGGAACUUGUGUAGAUCCUUGUCAUAUUCAAUAUUAACAAAGAUAUCCAAGUGACAACAAAUUCCAGUAUUGUUGUAUUAUUUUAAGAAGCAAAUAUUAAAAUCCCAGUUACAUUGAAAUUAAUUUGAAUCAUAUCAUUAGACAUUUGUUUUGAGAGGGAAGAUGUCAGACUUUUUGGUAAAUUUUAACAGAUUUUGAAAUAUCUUGUUUUUAACUACUUAUCAAUGAAAUCAGAUGUCCAAGUGACAACAAAUACUUAGUCUAGUGCUAUAGUAUAAUUUUAAGAAGCAAAUAUAAAAGGUAAACUGUACACGUUUGAA